UAGUCCAUGAAUGAGCUUCAGACCAUUAGAGGGGGCUGCAUGCGCAGAGGCUGCGCACCCGCCUGGGACGCGGAUCGGAGCUAGCUUGUGGACAGAAGAAGUGAGAAGUCUGGACGGGGAGUCCAUAAGUAUUACCCGAGGAUCAGUGUUUUGCAUCAGAAACUUGCUUGUCACAGUUAGCGUUGUCAGAGCUGAGCCCCCUCCAUAAUCCAAGUCCGACAAGAAAAAGUGCUGUUAGCCGGCGGCGGGCGGGUGUAA